CAGAGCGCUGGCGGCGGCGGCGACGGAGCUGUUUGUUCUGGGCUCCUGCUCCCGAGAGCUGAAACAGCGGCUCCCGGUGGUGCCCGUGGAGUUGGGGGACCGGGCCCGGGCCCGGGCCCUGUGUGUGCAGGUAGAGGCGGCGGCGGCGGCUCCCGGGCACCGCGCUCCUCGGCCGCGGGGCUGGGCCCCGGCGCCGUGCAGCCCGGAGGAGGCGGCGGCAGAGGCGGCGGCAGUGUGCGGCCUAGUCCCAGAGUUCCUAGUGAAGAAUGCAAUGGGAUCAAUAGCAUGUCUGUGGAGAGUGGCCCUGGGACAAGACUGAGAAAUUUACCAGUAAUGGGGGAUGGACUAGAAACUACACAAAUGUCUACAACGCAGGCCCAGGCCCAACCCCAGCAAGGCAGCACUGCAGGCAGUAAUCCCCCACCCCCAGAGACUUCCAACCCUAACAAACCCAAGAGACAAACCAACCAACUGCAAUAUCUGCUCAAAGUGGUGCUUAAGACGUUAUGGAAACAUCAGUUUGCGUGGCCUUUCCAACAGCCUGUGGAUGCAGUCAAGCUGAACCUCCCUGACUAUUAUAAAAUUAUUAAAACACCUAUGGACAUGGGAACAAUCAAGAAGCGCCUGGAGAAUAACUACUACUGGAAUGCUCACGAAUGUAUCCAGGACUUUAACACGAUGUUUACAAAUUGUUACAUCUACAAUAAGCCAGGAGAUGACAUAGUCUUAAUGGCAGAAGCUCUAGAGAAGCUCUUCUUGCAGAAAAUCUCUGAAUUGCCCCCAGAAGAAACUGAAAUCGUAAUAGUCCAGGCAAAAGGAAGAGGACGUGGGAGGAAAGAAGCAGUGACAUCAAAACCUGGAGCCUCAGUGGUACCAAACACAACUCAAGCAUCAACCCCACCCCAAACACAGACCCCUCAGCAAAAUCUUCCGCCUGUACAAACGACUCAUUCCUUUCCUGCUGUAACCCCUGAUCUUAUCAUCCAGACUCCAGGAAUGACUGUGGUGCCUGCCCAGACACUUCCAACUCCAGCACCUGCACCCCUUCCCCCACCACCUCCACCCCAGGCUCCUCAGCCCAUUCAGACACACCCACCCAUCAUUGCAACUGCCCCACAGCCUGUGAAGACAAAAAAAGGGGUGAAAAGGAAAGCAGAUACCACCACACCUACCACCAUUGACCCCAUUCAUGAAUCACCUUCACUGCCCACGGAACCCAAAUCUACAAAGCUGGGCCCCCGUCGGGAAAGUAGCCGCCCAGUAAAGCCUCCAAAGAAGGAUGUCCCAGAUUCCCAGCAGCAUGCAGUAGAGAAGAGUAAUAAGGUGUCAGAGCAAUUAAAAUAUUGCACUGGCAUCAUCAAGGAGAUGUUUGCCAAGAAACAUGCAGCCUAUGCUUGGCCUUUCUAUAAACCUGUGGACGUGGAAGCCUUAGGCCUGCAUGAUUAUUGUGAUAUCAUCAAGCACCCAAUGGAUCUGAGCACAAUCAAAUCUAAACUGGAGACCCGGGAGUACAGAGAUGCUCAGGAAUUUGCUGCAGAUGUUCGAUUGAUGUUUUCCAAUUGUUACAAAUACAACCCUCCUGACCAUGAGGUAGUAGCCAUGGCACGUAAAUUACAGGAUGUGUUUGAGAUGCGCUUUGCAAAGAUGCCUGAUGAGCCCGAAGAGCCAGUGGUUGCUGUGUCCUCCCCUGUGGCACCACCACCCACCAAGGUGGUAGCUCCACCAUCAUCUAGUGACAGCAGCAGCGACAGCUCUUCGGACAGUGACAGCUCAACUGAUGACUCUGAAGAGGAGCGAGCUCAGCGGCUGGCAGAGCUUCAGGAACAGCUCAAGGCAGUGCAUGAGCAACUUGCUGCCCUCUCCCAGCCUCAGCAGAACAAACCAAAGAAAAAAGAGAAAGACAAGAAAGAGAAGAAGAAAGAAAAGCACAAAAAGAAGGAGGAACUGGAAGAAAACAAGAAAUGCAAAGCAAAGGAACCACCUCCCAAAAAGGCAAAGAAAAGUAACAGCAGCAACAACAAUGCCAGUAGCAAGAAGGAACCUAUGCCUGUGAAGAACAAGCCCCCUCCCACCUAUGAAUCAGAAGAAGAGGACAAGUGUAAGCCAAUGUCCUAUGAAGAGAAGAGACAAUUGAGUUUGGACAUUAACAAGCUUCCUGGUGAGAAGCUGGGCCGGGUUGUCCAUAUCAUCCAGUCCCGAGAGCCCUCACUGAAGAACUCCAAUCCAGAUGAAAUUGAAAUCGACUUUGAGACAUUAAAACCUUCUACCUUAAGGGAACUAGAGCGCUAUGUCACCUCAUGUUUGCGAAAAAAGAGGAAACCUCAAGCUGAGAAAGUGGAUAUGAUUGCCGGGUCCUCUAAGAUGAAGGGCUUUUCAUCUUCAGAGUCUGAGAGCACCAGUGAAUCCAGCUCUUCUGACAGUGAUGACUCAGAAACAGAGAUGGCACCAAAAUCCAAAAAGAAAGGGCAUCCUGGGCGGGAACCAAAGAAGCACCACCACCACCACCAUCAGCAGGCGCCACAGCAGCAGCCUCCCCCACCAACAAACCAGCUGCCACAACAGCAGCCCCCAGCCCAGCAGCCACCACCACCUCAACAGCAACCUUUACCACCCCCAGCCCCUCCCUCAAUCCCUCAGCAGACAGCCCCACCAAUAAAGUCGUCCCCACCUCCCUUCAUCCCUGCCCAGGUGCCAGUCCUUGAGCACUCACUCCCAGGGGGUGUCUUUGAUCCCAUCACCCACUUUGCCCAACCAAUCAUACACCUCUCCCAAACUGAGCUGCCUCCCCACCUCCCCCAGCCUCCUGAGCACAGCACUCCACCUCAUCUCAACCAGCAUGCAGUAGUUUCUCCUCCAGCUUUGCACAAUGCUCUGCCCCAGCAGCCAUCAAGGCCUAGCAAUCGAGCUGCUGCCCUGCCCCCCAAACCAGCCCGCCCCCCAGCUGUGUCACCUGCACUCUCUCAGCAGCCCCUUCUCCCUCAGCCACCCAUGCCUCAGCCACCCCAAGUCCUGCUAGAGGAUGAAGAGCCACCUACCCCUCCUCUUACCCCCAUGCAGAUGCAGAUAUACCUACAACAGCUACAGAAGGUGCAGCCAUCCACGCCCCUCCUCCCUUCUGUGAAGGUGCAAUCCCAGCCUCCCCCUCCCCUACCUCCUCCAGCCCAUCCUUCUGUGCAACAACAGUUGCAGCAGCAGCAGCAGCAGCACCAACCCCCACCACGGCCCAUGCACAUGCAGCCCAUGCAAUUUCCUCCCCAUAUCCAGCAGCCACCCCCCCCUCCCCAGCAACCGACCCACCCACCUCCAGGGCAACAGCCACCACCACCACAGCCAGCCAAGCCUCAGCAAGUCAUCCAACACCAUCCUUCACCACGGCACCAUAAGUCUGAUCCCUAUACAACCAGCCAUCUACGAGAAGCUCCCUCCCCACUCAUGAUGCAUUCCCCCCCAAUGCCACCGUUCCAGGGGCUAGCUCACCAGUCUCCACCACAGCAAAACGUCCAACCCAAGAAACAGGAGCUUAGAGCAGCCUCAGUAGUGCAGUCCCAACCCCUGGUGGUAGUGAAGGAGGAGAAGAUCCACUCACCUAUCAUCCGAAAUGAGCCCUUUGGCCCCUCCCUUCGACAGGAUCCCCCCAAGCAUCCUGAGAACAUCAAGGCCCCUGUCCACAUCCCUCAGCGGCCUGAAAUAAAGCCGUUAGAUGUUGGCAGACCUGUGAUCCGGCCUCCUGAACAGAGCGCACCCCCACCUGUGGGGCAAGACAAGGACAAGCAGAAGCAAGAACCCAAAACCCCAGUUGCUCCCAAAAAGGAUCUCAAGAUCAAAAACAUGGGCUCCUGGGCCAGCCUAGUCCAGAAACACCCCACCACUCCGUCCUCCACAGCCAAGUCAUCUAGUGACAGCUUUGAACAGUUCCGCCGAGCUGCCCGAGAGAAGGAGGAGCGUGAAAAGGCCCUCAAAGCCCAGGCUGAGCAUGCUGAGAAGGAAAAAGAGAGGCUAAGACGGGAACAGGAAAGGAUGAGCAGGAGCAGGGAGGAGGAGGAUGCCCUGGAGCAGGCUCGGCGGGCUCAUGAAGAGGUUCGGAGGCGUCAGGAGCAACAGCAACAGCGAUCAGAACAGCAGCAGCCGCCGGUGGCUGCAGCCUCCUCAGCUCCCCAAGCACAAAGCUCUCAGCCCCAGGCCUCCCAGUCUAUGCUGGAUCAACAGCGGGAAUUGGCCAGGAAACGGGAACAAGAGCGAAGGCGCAGGGAGGCGAUGGCAGCUACCAUUGACAUGAAUUUUCAGAGUGAUCUUUUGGCAAUAUUUGAAGAGAAUCUUUUCUGAUAGCGCCUGGGUUUCUUCUGACUCUGAUUUUCUGGCAAAACUGACUCUGCCUAGUGUUACUGGCGGCUGGGAGGGGGUGUCCCUUGGGCCCAGCCCUUGUGCAUGUUCCACCCAUCGUGGGUCUGUCAGCCAAGGAUCAGCAGAGUCUGCCUUACCGUUGGACUUCCCCACCCCCUGCACACACUGAAGUCAGACCCAACCUCAAGCAAGCGCUGGACCAGGUGGUUCUUAGGCAUGAAUGAGGUCCUCCUCUGUGCCAGACGUAUUCACAGUAUAUCCAGGAUGUCACGUUCUUUACCAGUUUUCUAACCAUGAGAGGAGCCCCAUCAGGGGCCCUGUCUCCCUCCCUGAUAUCACCUAUCACUAUCUCUACCCCACACUGUAAGACCAGGGGUUGCAGAGGUAGCCCAUGGAGAGCGGGAGCCUACCCGUGUUGUUGGGAUUGGGGGGUGGGAGGUAUGGGGGGAGAAUGACAGUUGGGACCAGCCCCCAGCUGCCUAAAGUCCCUAGCCGCUGGCUUUGCCUUGAACAGAAUCCCACCCUGCCCUCAUCCCCUUCGAGCCUUUAACCGAGAGCCGUUCUCUGUAAGUGUUCGCUUGUGAAAAAGGGAAUAGUCCAGUGGAGGUGUGUGAGUGUCCAUGGCCAUUUGGAGUGAGGUGGUCGUCGUAGCACGCGUGUGUGGAGGCCUCGCCUGGGAGCGAGACUACCAACCAAAGUCAGUUCCUUUCCGCCUUUGUUUUUUUUUUUUUUCUUUCUGCCUUCCUUUCUGUUCUUUUUAAAUUUUAUUUUUUAAUUUUCCUUCAGACACAAAGGCACUGCUUAACUUGGAAUGGGUGUUAUCGUCUCUCCUUUGAGUGGUGGCAAUGGGGGUGGGGGGGAGGGGGCGCCGCACUGUGGGUAGUGUGUGACCGUGGCUGUAUUGUAUAGUGAAUAUAGUUGGCAUAUAUUUGUUUGAGGUUUGUUGGUGACUCCACCAAACUUGGUGUAAAAAAAAACAAACACAAAAAAACAAACAAAAUACAAAACACAAAAAAACUGCUUAUAUUUUACUCAAUUUCAAACUUUAUUAGUCUAUAUUUUUUAAUUGUAAAACCAGAAAGCUGCAUCUCUCUCUCUCUCUCUCUCUCUCUCUUUUUUUUUUUUUAAAUUUUUUUGGUGUGUGUGGUUUUUUUUUUUCUGUUUCGUUUUUUUUUUUUUUAAUGUCAUAUCUGUUUCAAGUUGUUUUAUACCAGGAAGGGAGUGGACCUAGGGCUGGGCUGCGUGGCACAGCAGAGAUGGUGGGCACCCCCCUCCACCAUCAGUGGUCCCGCCCCUACCCUUACUCCCCCACCCAUGACCCAGCGUGUUUUUCUCUUUACUCUUUCUUUUUUUAAUUUUAUAAUUUGAACUGUUCACAAGGUUACGUGCCAUGAGUACCCACUAUACAGUACAAUACUGGUGCCUCAGUGUUGGCCAAACUCUGGAGUAAUUAACUGGUUUGACUUUAAUACGGUGAAUAUGCAUUUGGUCUGUACUGAUCAUGGAAUAAACGCAUCUCUUUUUUUUUAAAAGCUGGCGUCUUACUGAUAUUUCUUUUGAAUUCUCUCCUUGUGAUAGACCUGGGCCUGGAACACUAGGGUAAUGGCCAUGCAGGUGAGAGAAGCACUUCAGUCAGCCAGGUCCUUGUUCCUCCAACUGAUGCCUCCAACCUUCCGCCAGUCCUGUCUUCCUUGAAUGCUGGGACAGCCUUCUAAGCCACUGCCUCCCAGGUAGUCAACACUGUCUAGGAGUCCCUAGCAGAAGUCAUCUGGGAUGGGGCGAAAGGGAUCAAAGCCCCCAAAGCCGACCUAAAGAUAGAAAAGAGUACAAUUGGGUGGCCAUGGCUUUCAGAUCCAGCUGAAGCAGCAGGAGCAGGUGGGAUACUAGGUAGAAAAGUUUCCCUCCUUUUGAAGUUGACAUUUCUGGGGUAGUGUGGGGAGGAGCUCUCUUCCCCCACUGCAUGAGGCAGCACUACUCCCCAGACUAUUCUAGGGUGCUCAAGCCACAAGGUGUUAGCCAGAGGAUUAGCUGCAGGCCAGCUUGGCUCUGGACCUCAAAGAAAGUAGAAGCAAAGGCCCUGCUAUCCCCAGGCAAAGCUGUAGGGAGGUGGGUUCUUCCUUUCCCCCAACCCCCAUGGAGCCCCAUACCCAGCUUCCUUUUCUUAGCACCAUGGAGGCCUGAUCUUCAGACAGUAUUCCUUCUCUUUCUCUCCCUCCUACCCCCUUUUGUGAAAGCACUUUGGACAUUUCUCCCUCCCUUUUCCUCAACCCCUACCCCCUUCCUUUAAUUUUAAGCUCAGGGUUUACCAGGUACUCUUAAAUGUACAUAACCUGAAAGACACACAGACAGACACUGCACGUGUGCGCGCGCACACUCUCACACACUCUCUCUCUCUCUCUCUCUCUCUCUCUGCACAUUGGGUCUUCAUCUCCCUUACUGGGAUUGUAUAUAAAAGCUACCACAUCUCUACCCCACUUAUUUAGGGGCUGACACACACAUACACAUGGCACACCCAGCUGGGACUCCAACUGAGAGUGGCUUAAGAAUGUAAAAUACAAAUAUUAUAAUUUAUAUGUAUGCGAAGAAACAAAUGUAAUAGUAGUGAUAUUUAGUCUCCUGUUUUUUUUAACAACCAAAAUUUAAAAUGACCCUUCUUUUAAACUCUUUUCUCUCGAAUUCAGGAUUUUGCCAAAUUUUACAGGUUGAAGCCCGGGGGUAAUUGCUUCUUGCUAGGGAGCAGGCCAUGAUCAUCCCUGAGCCCAGGGUGCACAUCUCUCUCCAGGGGUUGGGAUUUUGAAGGCAUUUAGGUUCCCAUGCUCAACUUGACCUGUUUCUUUGCUCUUUUUUUUCUUUAUCUCUUAAUUUCCUCCCAUUUUUUUCUUCUGUUUUGUUGGAGCAUCUCCUAGGCCAGACAAUGCUGGAGUAAUGGUUGUGUGUUCUGCCAAAGGUAUUGCUAUCCAGGAUGUUUUUUCCCUGUUUGACUCGUUUGUGUGCUUAUAAUUGGGUUGCAAUUAGGGUGGAGCCACUACUUAAUUUUUUUCUCCUCGCCCUACCCUGCCCAUAGGAUGGAUUCUCUCCCACCUCUUCCCCUCCUUCCCCUAGGAAUCUAGUCCCCGAGAUGUACAUCUGGUUCUUCCCCCUUCUGUGUCAUGUACAGGAGGAUGAGAGAGAGACGUGUACAAUCUCCCACUGUACUUGAUGCACGGAUGGAUCGCUUGGCCAAUAAUUAUGUCAGUGAAUUUGAGGCUUGUAUUAAACACUCUAGAUAUUUGUAGAAGGGAAUUAAUAGAAUUUUCACUUAUAUACUAAAGGUUUUUUGUGCAGUUCUCAUUGCAAAAUAAACAUUUGUACUGAAUA